AUGGCUCCGAAUCGUUGGUUGAGGCCUGAGGUUUAUCCACUGUUCGCGGCCACAGGGGUUGCCGUAGCGAUGAGUGGGCGGAGCAGUGAACUCGUGCUUGUUGAGGGCCUCCUGGAUGAGUUGCUUGAGCUCCUCAAGAGCCUUCUUCUGCGGCUCGGGAAUCUCACCAACAACAUAGCUCUCUCCCCACCCCCGUUUGGUUUUUGCGGUUUUGCCGACACCGACCGCAUUUCUCGGUCAACCGCAUUGCGGUUAACCGCAUUUUCUCGGACGGAUGCGGUAUCAAAUAUGUCAAUACCGCAAAAUCACGGUCGGUUUGCGGUUUCUCUGAAAAUUUGCGGUAUGGUAACCGCAACCACCCCUAGAAAAUAA